CGCGAUUUCCCUCUUCCCUAGCCACGAAGCUAAUUGGAGAAGAGGAGAAUGUAGGUUUAGACAUGUACGCAGCGUACAGCGUAGUUACCGUAGGACGUUCCUCUCCCUCAUACUUAUUGUUAUCCAUUCACACGCUUCUAUUGGUCCAUACUUCUCGAUGAGAAUCUCCAGUAUGAAUCACCCGACACAAAAAGAAGAAAGAAGAAGAAGGUUAAAAAUAAAGUCAGAGAACGUGGGUAAACCUGCCCCCCUCACUACGAGAGUACUCUACUGGACAAAACUGUAUCAAAUUAUCUAUCCAACCAUGUCAACUCAACGCAACUCAUCGAUGCCUACUCUACUCCGUACUAUUAUGCCUAGAUACAGCCAGACUACUCCUAUUCCGUCCUGCGCCGAGAAACCCAUCCCUUUUCCAUUCCAUUCCAGUCAACCCCAGUUGCAUCCCUGGCUGCAUCGUUAACAACCCCCUUCCGCUGUCAUCGCUCACUCGCCAUCCCCCCGUCCCCCUUCCCAACCAAGCCAUCCAACGUUCUCGCAGGGAUCAGAUCAAAAUCAGAUUCCCCACGUCAGAGCACAGAGAACACCCAAACCGAAUACAGGGAUUUCCCACUACUAAAUACUAAAAAAAAAGGUAGCCUGAUCGCGUGCUUCGCUCAUGCGAGAGAGAGGGAGGGAGUUGCGAGUGGGGGGGCGGGACGGUAAACAGCCAAUUAUUGAAUCUGCCUGUUUGCCUCGAUCCCAACGUACCGUACAUGGUUUCGAGGUGCUGCUGGCAUACCUUGGCCUUUGCUCGGGCUUGGGCUGGUUGCUAGAUGAUGAAUCAUUGAGUUCAGCCUACGAGGGAGGGGGAGGGGUGCGAGGAGGGGAGGGGUAGGGUAGGGCAGGAAUCGUUCAAAUGCUAUAUCAUCUUAAUCACUCCGCAAAUGGGAUUUGGAAAGGGGGUGUGUGAAAGGAGAAAAGGCAAAUGAAGCGGUCAUGACCUUUUUUUCCUCAGAGGUAAGUAUCAAAAUGAAACUUAUAUGCUGUGUUUUGCGGAUUUCUUUGAUAUGGACGGAGUACAGAGUACAGAGUACCCUCAAAUGUGCUGUGAUGGCGCGGGGUCGGUCGAGGAAGAGAUAACUAGAAGCCCUCCGGGAGGGAGGGAAACAUACUUUUUGAAAGGAAGCCCGCAUGAUGUCUUGACUCUGUCUGUAUCAUUAUUGGUUACACUCCUGUGUACGGGGGAUCCUUUUAACCUGUACGGAGUAAUCCUGUUACCAUAAGGUAUUUCCCUGCCCUCUCUUAACCAUAAUUCUAAGAGGAUGAAUGCCUGCUGCUUAACUAAAGCUAGUCUACCUCUCAGCAAAUUCUUAGCACUAAUCAAAACUUUUGAGAGGAUGCUCUGUAAUGUUAAUGAAUUUGCUUGGGCUUGGGCUCAAGAGUGGUCAUGGGUAGAAUAAUCAUGGUCCCAUGGAUGGCGUGCAUCAACCUGCAACUAGUAGAUAUAGACAUUCUGGCACGCUUUUGGUUCAGGUCAAGUAAGUUAAUGGAUGAUUUAUUAUAUCAAGCUAACUAAAUUGCAUAGAGAAAGAAAAAAGGAAUAGGCCUUUUUGUUUCUUGAAAACUUCAUAAUGUCAAUCUCAAUCAAUGCCCUCAAAUUCUGAUAUCAUCAAUCAUAAUAAAAAGAAGAAGUUUUUCUCAGCAGCAUUGUUUCGGACAACGAGGAGAUUUAACGAACAAAUAUGCAAAUUCGAAGCUUCAACCAACUUCAUCCAUCUCAUCUUGUCAAAAUAGCAGAGCCGUCCUCCC